AUGCGAGGCCAAGAGUAUGAUGGAGCGAGCAAUAUACGUGGGGCAUGGAAUGGAUUACAAGCGUUGUUUCUUAAAGAAUGUCCAUAUGCAUAUUAUGUACACUAUUUUGCUCACCAACUACAACUAGCAUUAGUUGCUGCAUCCAAAGAUGUGCAAGAUAUAUGGCUAUUCUUUUCCAAGUUGAAUUCUAUUGUCAAUCUUGUCAGUGCUUCUCCUAAGCGUCAUAGUGCCACUCGAUGGAGCUCUCAUUUUGGUUCUGUUAGUAGCUUGAUAGACUUAUUUGGUCCAUCUCGUACAAUUAUUGAAAAUCUUUCAAAGAAUGGACUAACUAAUUCUAUACGUGGGGAAGCAAAAGGUGUUUAUCUUGCAAUGCUAUCAUUUGAAUUUGUAUUUAUCUUGCAUUUGUUGCGUGAGAUGAUGGGAAUUACUGAUAUACUUUGUCAAGCAUUGCAACGAAAAACUCAAGACAUUGUAAAUGCUAUGAACCUUGUUUCAAGUACGAAUGCACUCCUUCAAAAUUUGAGAGAAAAUGGGUGGCAUACUUUCUUUCAAAAUGUGGAAUCAUUUUGUAAAGAGCAUGACAUUGUAGUACCUGAUAUGAGUGCUUCUUAUACGGUGGGUACAGGUCGUUCUUGUCAACAAAACGAUAGUAUUACAUUUAAUCAUCACUAUCAAGUUGAUAUUUUCAAUGCUGCUAUAGAUUUUCAAUUGAUGGAGUUAAAUCAGAGAUUCUCUGAAAGUACAAUGGAACUCCUUAUUCUUGGCACAACUUUGGAUCCUAAAGAUACUUAUAAAUCAUUUAAAGUUGAUGGUAUUUGCGAUCUUACAGGGAAAUUUUAUCCUAAGGAUUUUCAAGAUGAGAUGCGUGCUUUGAGAAGCUAG